UCAUUCAACCCUUACUCCAAUAGCAAGAAGACAUAAUGGGUAGGCUGCUCUUGGAGAAAUUCCACCAGAAAACACAGCAGUCCAUGAAAGCCACCUUCUUGGUUCAAUAAUUCAACACUACUUUUCAAACCCAACUCAUAUUUCAGUCCAUCUUUGCUCAUCUUUCACCCCCUCCAUCAUGGAGAAGUCCUCAAGUGAGAUGAGCUUGGAUGAGUGGGAAGUCCUCUCAGAUGAUGGGUUUCUUGACCUUCACCACCAUGAGGAUGGUGGCAGGAGAGUGCUUUCAAAGGAGACAGCAGGUUUUGAUCCCAAGGGUGUGCUGGACAUGAAUUAUUUCAUAUGCCCAUCUCCCCCUCCUCGCCAUAUGUUUGAGUCCUCCAAGAAAUCCAGUGAUUCAAAGGGUGUGAAUCAGCUCGUUCCAGUCCCAAUCAAAUUGGAGCCACCGAUAGGAAAUAACCAAAAUCAUGAAUUCGUCAAAGAAAUUCUGGAUAUUCCAGUUGUAGAGUUCAGUAUCAUACCUGCAGCAGUGUCAGAGAAGAUCAAAGCUCCAAUCUUGGGACCCAAGACAGCAGAUCAAGACACCGUCUCUCAAGUCUUCUUCAAGAAAAUGAAGGAGCAUGAAUUCGUCGACAUGAAAUUGGACUCACCAAAGUCCAGCACCAAAGGAAGCAGGCUUCAAACUGAGGUUGGCUCGACUCAGUUUGAGAAGGAAGAGGCCUGCGAAGGGGAGUCAACAGAGCAUAAGGCUUCUGGUAAAGUGGUAACUGAGGAAGAGAAAGAGAAGAAGGACAAUUUCUUGGAUCCGGAGAUCAAAAACGACAACAAUUGGGAAGAUAGUGCCGGUGGUCUUUGCAUUUGGAAGUGGAGACUAACUGGAAUCGGUGCUCUUUGCUCUAUAGGUGUAACUGCUGCCACUAUUUGCAUUUUCAUCUUUGGAAGCCAGCAGAGGUACAAACACCAUCACCAGAACCAGAAGUUCAGAUUUCAGAUCUACACCGAUGACAAGAGCAUCAAACAAGUGGUCAGUAAUGCAAGUAGAUUGAAUCACGCACUUUAUGCAGUUAGAGGUGUUCCAUUGGCCAGAGCUCACAUAUCCUUUGGAGGUUACUAUGAUGGCCUUUAAGGAGCCACAGUUCAUGGGCAUCAUCCAUCCAUCCUGAUAUUACAGUAAUAGUGUUUCUUUUCUAUGUUAAUUGUAACAGAUCCAGAUAGGAUCUUCACAUUUGUACAUAGUGAUAUGGUAGGAUGCAUGUAUGGAUACUCAAAGGAAGUAUGUUUCCUUCAUCAAUUCUGAUUGAAGUGGCCUUUCUAUGUUCAUUGAACUUUAUGUCA